AUGUCAGUUACAACUAUUACUAGAUAUCCAAAAUUAUGGCAAUCGUUGAAAGCAUUUUCAUUGUACACAAAUACUAGACAAUUGUUGAGCACCGGUAGCCAAAGUGCUGGCGAUUCCCAGGCUUUUGCUAGUUUGCAUGGUAUACGUUUAAUAACAUUAGUGCUAACUAUCUACUGUCACACGUGUUAUCUCUAUAGUCUAAUAGCUGCUAAUGUAUAUAACGUACAGGUAUUGGACAAAACAUUUUGGCAACACUUUACUACUAACGCAACUCAAUGGAUCGAUACAUUAUUCCUGGUAUCGGGAUUCCUGCACGCCUACAAUGUUCUACAAACUAGUUGGUCAACAUCUAGUAUGAGAAAAACGGACAAUUGGUUUGGCAACUGGUGGUGCUAUCAAUAUUUGCUGAUUGUUUUCAAACGAUAUGUUAGACUAACACCAUCGGUGUUGGCAUAUAUUGCUGGUCUAGUAUUGUUAGAACACUAUUGGUUCAAUCAGUUAACACAUACAGAUAUGAUUUAUUCAAAAAUUGUUGGUCAUAUCGGUCCCUAUUGUGUCGGUAUAAUUACCGCUUAUUUGUAUGAAAAAUAUAAGCAUAGUUUCAAAAUAAGCAAGAAAUUGAAUAUAAUUUUAUGGACAGUCUGUGUGACUGUAAAUAUUGCCAUAAUAUCUGUUGGCUAUCUAUGGAUUUUAGGCUAUAGUUAUCGAAACUGGUUGAGUGUUGCAUACGGUGCCAUCAACCGUACCCUAUGGUCCGUGUGCUGGGCCUACAUGUUGUUCGCUUGUAUGACCGGUUACGGCCAUAUAGUCCAACGGGUUCUCGCUUGGCCACCAUUGGUGCCGUUAAGUAGACUAACAUUUCAGGCCAAUCUCUAUCAUGCACUUAAACUGAUUUUGAAUUACUAA